CAACGAGACUCGAGGUUGUGAGGACGGGAAGAUCUAUACUCUUGUAACACAUUUUUGAUCAUUUAUUCGCAAGUUCUUGUUUCCUGAAGUGAUCAAAAUAAAAGCAAAGGAGUGGAGUUUUUCAAACACGAAAGAAAGGACCUAAAAAAUUGAAUCGUUUAAAUCCUACAACAACGAGAAAUGGCGACGCGUCAACAUCAUCAGCCUGCGUCCAAGAAAAGAGUGACGCUGGUACACAAUCAGUACAACUCUCCGUUAGGACUGUAUUCGACUGAAGAGGUGGCUGAAACGCUUCAACGACAUACUCGUCUUUUGGGUAACGGAGCUAUUGGGGUUGAUUUCAGUUUGUUGGCCGUACCAAACCUGGCAAGGUCUGAAGUUUACAAGAUGUUGUCACAGGAUGAGCCGCAGCUAUGUUACUUGCAUCAGCAACAAGCUUCAAGAGCGUCAAUGGAAUAUUCAGACAGGAAACGCGUUGCUUGGCCACCGACAGCAAAUAGCAAAAUCGAAACGAUUGAAACACGCAACUACGGAUACGACAGCGGAUUAGUUGGCAUGACAUCGCUACAGCAUCGCGACGUCUACGUUUCGCAGAAACAAGGAGACUACAAUGCGAUUCCUCUCCAGAAACAAGGAGAUUAUAACACGAUUCCCCUUCAGAAGCAAGGAGACUAUAACACGAUUUCUCUUCAAAAACAAGGAGACUAUAACACGAUUAACCAUCAAAAGCAACAAUAUCAAAACCAGUUGGAUGAUCUGGUGAUUCAGCAAACUCCCAAAGUCGUUCCGCCACCGCCUCCGCCGCGAGGCCAGCGAAAACCCAUGCUUCGUUCAUACUCCGAUGCCCAAGAUCCAUUUGCAUCAGCAAAGGAAAGCGCCUUCGUCCAAUAUUCGGAUCCUAUUCGUCCAUCAGUCGCUGCUCAGCAGAAACAGGAGCCAAGCAAAGAGGAGAAAGCAGUAAGGAUGUCAUCGCGCAGAAUGCCAGAACCUUUCGCCUCGGACGAAUUGGUGGGACAACGAACGCUCAUCGCCAAACCAAGCCCUCCACCUGGAUUACUGCUGCGGCCGGCUGCGGUUAAAAAAACCGGUUUCAGCAAAGAGGCUCCUACCAUUCGAUCAGAAUCGUUCUUCAAACGUGGAACCACUCCCGUCCGGAUGUUGGGAGACAUGGUAUGGCCUCCUAAAGGGCUAACCAGUACCACAGAUAAACAGCAAUUAGUUGCCCAAUCGCCUGGAAUGGUUCGUCGCCAGCAGAAGAAUUAUCGCGAUUUUUUUUCGCAGAACCAGCUGCCACCAAAUUUCCCAACUUACCGCGCACCACCUGGAACGCAACAUUUUGGACUUGAAGAAGGGGAGAAUGUUACUCCAAUGUGAAUUUUUUUUUUCCUUUUCAACGAAACGCAAUAAUUAACCUUAACUCAAUUUUUGUUUUUCGCCAACUCUCCCCAAUCUCCCCAAAAAGACUUUUUCUCUGAUGGGGGGUGGGUGUAUGCAAAUUUUACCUGACUUCUUUAGAUCAAUUUUCCGUAAGCCCCCUCUCAGUGCUUUCUACUUUUAUACGCUCAUAUAGGUGUUUGAUUCAAAACGACUUUUAUCGCAUGAAAUCGUGCGCUUUUUGUGAUAAACCGAAAAAUCCCCAAAAAAAAGCAAAAAACAAAGUGUUUCGUUUAAAAAUACUGUCCAGGUUUUUUUUCCUUUUCGCCAAUCCCACUAAUCAAACUAAAGACUUGAGGCUGCUUAAACCCAUACAGACCUUGAUCCAGUCAUCCAUUUGCGUUCAUUAACCACUUCGAUUCGAGCAUAUUUUAUGUAUUUUGAACGCCAUUCAAAUCUUUUAACGAUUGAAAACUUUCAAUACAACCCAAAAUAAAUCUUAAAA